UAGUAACUGGCGACUCCCCCAGUUCCCCGUCCCUCCUCGCCUCUUCAGCGUCCUUGCUUCUGGGCUCGUCUACAACCUUCAACAUGAGCGUUAUACUUUGCACUGCGGGCUACGACCACACCAUUCGUUUUUGGGAGGCCCUGUCGGGAAUUUGCUCGCGCACUAUACAGCAUCCCGAUUCCCAAGUUAAUCGAUUAUGCAUCACCCCCGACAAACGGUACUUGGCAGCCGCCGGUCACAACAAUGUCAAGCUGUAUGACAUCAAAUCUACCAAUCCCAAUCCAGUCAUGACCUUCGACGGCCAUACAAACAACAUCACUGGCGUCGCGUUUCACUGCGAGGGGAAGUGGAUGGUUACCAGCUCGGAGGACGGUACGGUUAAAGUCUGGGAUACCCGUACAGGCAGCCUGCAGCGCAAUUACGCGCAUAAAGCUCCAGUCAACGAUGUUGUAAUCCACCCCAACCAAGGCGAACUUAUUAGUGGGGAUCGCGCUGGUAUCGUCCGGGUUUGGGACCUGGGUGAAAGCGUCUGCACCCACCAGCUAAUUCCCGAGGACGACGUUGCGGUUCACAGUGUUAGUGUCGCAAGCGAUGGGUCCUUGCUUUGCGCUGGAAACAAGAAGGGUAAUGUCUACAUCUGGCGCAUGAUUCAAGACGCCGAAAUAACGCGCAUCGUUCCGAUAUGUACCUUCCAGGCGCACAAGGACUACCUCACCCGCGUUCUUCUCUCCCCAGAUGUCAAGCAUCUCGCGACGUGCUCUGCCGACCACACGGCCAAAGUAUGGAACCUUGAUCUUGAUUACCCGCCGGCCAAGAUUGCCGCCGCCAACGCCGCCAAAGCUAAGGCCAGAGCCAUUUCUUCGCCCGAAUCGAAUGACACCCCUUCUUCCCCAGAAUCGACGCAACACGUGAACAACGCAUCUCCCAACGGCACUGACUUUGAAGCCAACCCAUUCAGUCUUUUCCAAGCAGCGACACCACCUGUCAAUAACGAACCGCAGCAGACCUUCCCUGUACAACCGGACGGACCCCCCAUGGACUCCGCAACAGGGACGCUCUUCCUAGAGACCACGCUUGCCAAUCACCAACGGUGGGUCUGGGAUUGCGCUUUCUCCGCCGACUCUGCGUAUCUCGUCACAGUAUCCAGCGAUCACUACGCCCGCUUAUGGGAGCUGGCUUCGGGCCAGAUCAUCCGUCAAUACAGUGGCCAUCACCGCGGGGCGGUAUGCGUAGCGCUGAACGAUUAUUCCGAGCCGCGUUGAGUGUUGUGUCUUCCAUCAUGAAGCUGCCUGGCGGCAGAUGUAUGCGUCUUUAACCCUUCUUUUUUCCUUCCCUUUCUUCUAAUGUUCUUGUCUAAGUAUGGUUCAGGGCUAAUGGUCAGCAUGGUGCCUGGUUUGGGGCUGGAGGCACGAAGGCGAGUCGCCUUCUGCAUUGGAGUUCAGG